CCAAAAAACCCACCCACUUGGAUCAGCGUGAAAGCUUGAACAGGCCCUGCUUCAGUAAGAGGAUAAACCCCCCAACAACUUUUCCUUCCUUCAUUUGAUAUUAACAGUUUGUGUUUUCUGCUUCACAAAUUACUUUCACUUCACUGUUUAUCUCUUAUCUCUCCUGUUUCUUGAGCUUGAGUUCCCAUGGCUGCUUUCUCUGCAACUUCUGUUACCUUUGCAUCUUCCCUCAAGCUCUCCCUCAGGAAUAAUGUGAUAACUGAAAGGACUUCAAAUCUGAAGAUGGUUACAGUGGGUUGGAGAAAGAGCAGCUUCCCUUCUUUGAAGACCAAUCGCUUCCGUGUCUCAUGCGCUGCCAAGCCUGAGACAGUGCAGAAAGUCUGUGAUAUAGUGAGGAAACAGCUUGCAUUGCCUGCUGAGACACAGCUCACCUCAGAAUCCAAGUUCGUGGACCUGGGUGCUGAUUCUCUUGACACGGUGGAAAUAGUAAUGACUUUGGAGGAAGAAUUUGAAAUUACUGUAGAAGAGGAUAGUUCCCAAAACAUCACAACUGUCCAAGAGGCAGCUGAUUUGAUAGAGAAGCUUGUGGAAAAGAAGGCAGCUUAAACAUCACGAUAGCUUUCAGAUUAGUCAUUGGCCCCUCGCUAUCUAGUACCCCAUCCCACAGGUAACUUCCUGGAAAUUGUCCCCGUCAAUGGGGUUGAGACUUGGAAAUUAAAUUCCUGCUCACCAAAAGUCAAUUCCAUAAAGCAAAUGAGAAUGUGGGUCUGAGAUUUAAUAUGUUCUUCUACACGACAGGCAACAGUUGGGGAGGCAGAAAUUGAAGUUUCCAAGUCCAACUUUAUUAAUAAUUAGUUUGCUGUCCGCUUCUUUAGACCUGGAGUUUCCAUUGCAGUAGCUUUUCCUCAUGCCAAAGUCAUUAUUUUUGCAUUAGCAUCUGGCAGCCACCACCAGCUUUUGUGUUGGCUGCUCUGCUGUCUUGCUCUACCACAAUUUGAUUUAUCAUUACAUUUAUAUUAUCAUACGGAGAAAUAAUAAUUUAUUUCCUCCCUUGUUAGAUUUCAA